GGGGGAGCGGCUGUCGUGCUAAAUAAGUUGGUGUGGCUGGUUGGAUUUUUUUUUUAAAUAUCAUUAUUGCAAUUGAUGCCCUAUAAAACGUGGCUAUCAAAACUAGAGAGAGAAAACUGAGAAAAAGAAUAUCAGUUUAAUUUUGUGACGUGAUGACAAAAUAAAUAAUGAGGAAAUGAAAAUGAUGAUUUCAGAGAAUCUUAUACAUUUUUGUAUCGCUGUCAUCUUGCUAAUAAAAUGAUCUGCCUGUAUCAAAAUAUGUGAAUACCUGUCAUUUGCCCUUUAUCAAGUUUUGGUCAAGGAUUCAUUGACCUCAGAACGUUGUGCCGCCAACGGCACGAAAGGCAUAAAAAUAACUCAAAGGAGCUGAGUCUGCAUGGGUCCAAAAAGCGCGCUAUGCAAUGCAGUCAUUAAUGCAGUCAACGUGCCGAAGAUACCGAGCUUGACAGGGGGGCUGGUGAGAAUGAGAUGCAAGGCAUUGUUUUGUCAAUUAACAACGUGACCUUGAUUUUCGCUGAUUCAUCCCCAUAAACUUAUCACUUCAGAUUCUUUUUCCCUUGAGACCAUCAUGUCUGACCAUAACAUUGCCAACGAUGUUGCUAAUGAUGAAGAAGAUGACGACACUGCUGAAGGACAAGAUGAGAAAGAUAAAAUGCUAAGUGCACACAAGGAAAGGAGAAGUAGUACACCAGGCAUCCAGCCAACACCUAUGACAAAUGCAAAUUUAUAUUCCAAAUAUAUAUCAUUUUGGUGGCUUAACUCACUGYUAAAACUUGGUGCAAAACGUCCUUUACAAGCAACUGAUUUCUAUGGACUUCGACAAACUGAAUCAACAGAUUUUUUAGGAGAUAUUCUACAAAGUGAAUGGGACAAAGAAGUAGGAAAAACAGAGGGAACCAAAAAGAAGCCAAGUCUGUUAAARGCUGUUGUCAGGACAUUUGGAUUUAGAUAUGCACUGUUAGGRUUUUUUGCAAUUAUAUCUGAUACAUUACGUAUUACUCAACCAUUGCUGCUUGGCUUGCUGGUUAGGUACUUUGCUAUUGGCUCCACUGUCACCCAGAAAGAAGCUUUCCUGUAUGCCAUGGGUGUUGCUUUAUGUGCCAUACUCAAUAGCUUUCUUAUGACGCCUUUCACUUUCAUGCGUCAAUUAUUUGGCAUGAGAGUGAGGAUUGCGUGUACAUCAUUAGUUUAUAACAAGGUACUCAGAUUAAGUCAUUCUGCUAUCGCCAAGACAACCACUGGCAAAAUUGUUAAUCUUAUAUCGACUGACACACAGAAAUUUGAUUGGGCAUCGUUCUUUUUACAUUACAUCAUACUUGGUCCGAUAGAGACCUUGAUAGUMCUUUACUUGUUGUGGAGGGAAGUCGGUGUUGCCUCACUUGCAGGAAUGGGUGUUUUGUUGAUACUGGUGCCUAUGCAGAUGAAAAUGGGGGCUAUUUUGAUGAGAUUUAGCUCAGCAGCAUUGAUUUCUUAUGUAACAUUCCUUACAUAUGUGCUAACUGGCAAUGUACUUACAGCACAGAAAGUCUUCACAUCUAUGGCUCUCUUCAAUGCUGUCAGGAUUAACAUGACUUUGUUUUUCCCUAUUGGAAUUACUCUCAUGAAUGAAGGGAGGGUUUCUCUGCAGAGAAUUGAGCAACUACUCCAACUAGAUGAGUUACAUUCAAAAGGUUUGGUUGCCACAAAACUGAGACCCAAGCCAGAACAUUGUGGAAUUGUKGCUGAGAAUGUUAAAGCUUCUUGGAGUGAGGACAUUCCAAGACCUACAUUGAAUAACAUUAAUUUUGAGCUGGCUCAGGGCGAGUUACUUGCAGUUGUAGGAUCUGUUGGAGCAGGAAAAUCAUCUUUGUUGAUGUCCAUUCUUGGAGAGCUGCCGUUAACCGAUGGGACUAUGACUGURAAAGGAAAGAUWGCUUAUUCAUCCCAGCAAGCAUGGAUAUACAAUGGUUCUCUUAGGAAUAAUAUCUUAUUUGGUAGUGAAUUUGAUGARUCAAGAUACAAAGAAGUCAUCAAAGUGUGUGCCCUGGAAAGGGAAGAAGAUCUUGUCCCCAAAGAAACAAAGCAAGAAGGAGCAGUCACACUACAAACAUACAAACGUUAUUUGAAAUCACUUCACAGUGGCUGGGCUUCUUUCUUUAUAUUUUUCCUGUUUCUGCUAACCCAGGUUGUAUUCAUGAUGUCUGAUUGGUGGAUGUCUCAAUGGUGUAACAAGGAAGAGCAAUACAACCUCAAGAAACAACAGCAAAGCAAUUCCAACUCCACAGCAACGGCUCCUAUUCGUCCUCUUGAUCGUACAAUGUAUCUAAUUGUUUACAGUGUCUUGGCAAUUGGUUUACUUAUCCUCAGUAACGUACGCACACAAGCAUUCUACAGGAUUGCCAUCGCAGGCUCUCGUAUAAUGCAUUCAAAAAUGUUUUAUGGUCUACUUAGAGCACCGCAAUAUUUCUUUGAUACUAAUUCUAUUGGCCGCAUUCUCAAUCGUUUUUCAAAAGACAUGGGAUUCGUUGAUGAUAUGAUGCCAUUCAUUGUCUGUGAUUUCACUCAAACUUCAAUGAUGGUCUUGGGUAUCCURUGUCUUGUAGCCAUCAACAAUCCUGUAACAUUUGCUAUAGUURUACCAGUUGUAAUCUUGUUUUGGUAUCUGAGAUCAUACUACAUGAAGACCUCAAGAGAAGUCAAGAGGAUUGAGGGAACAAGUCGUAGUCCAGUGUUUGGCCACUUUUCUACAACACUUCUUGGUCUUGACACUAUCCGUGCUUUUGGUGUCGAGCAAACAUUUAUAGACCAAAUGAAUAACUACCAAGAUCAGCACACUCGUGCUUGGAUGACAUUCAUCUCAUCAACAGCCUGGCUUAGCUAUAGGCUAGACAUACUCUGUGUUAUCUUCAUUUCAUUUGUGGCUCUAGUUUCACCAGCGCUGAGAGAUGCUCUGAGUGCAGGAGUAGUUGGUCUCACUCUGUCCUAUGCUAUCAUGAUAUCUGGUGUAUUCCAACAAUGUGUGAGGCAAAGUGCUGAAGUUGAAAAUCUUAUGACUUCAGUGGAGAGAAUCCUUGAAUACACUGACCUGGAAUCUGAGGCUCCUUCUGAGACUGACUUCAAGCCACCUGAAGACUGGCCUGAUAAGGGAAAAGUUGUCUUUGAUAAUAUGUCAUUUAARUACCACAAGACRCUCCCUAAAGUDCUGCAUAACAUUUCUUGUUGCAUAAAACCAAUGGAAAAGGUUGGGGUUGUUGGCCGUACUGGUGCAGGGAAGUCAUCUCUKCUAUCAACCUUGUUUCGUUUAGCUGAACCACUUGGUCUUAUUGAGAUUGAUGGUGUGAACAUCAGAGAGCUUGGCUUAAAGGAUUUGCGAAACAAGAUUUCUAUAAUACCACAAGAUCCAGUGAUCUUCAGUGGUACAAUGAGAAAGAACAUUGACCCCUUUAAUGAUUAUAGUGAUGAGGACUUGUGGAAGGUUCUAGAAGAAGUUCAACUCAAAUUAGCCGUAGAGGCACUUCCCAAUAAACUAGAGUCUGAAAUAGCUGAAGGUGGCUCUAACUUUAGUGUAGGACAAAGACAGUUAGUUUGUCUAGCUAGAGCAAUAUUGAGACACAACAGAAUACUGGUUAUUGAUGAGGCGACUGCUAAUGUAGAUCCAAGGACUGAUGCUCUUAUUCAGACAACUAUCCGUGACAAGUUCAAAAAGUGUACAGUCCUGACAAUUGCACAUCGCUUGCAUACUAUUAUGGACUCUGAUAGAGUAAUUGUUUUGGAUGCUGGCCGAGUCAAAGAAUUUGAUGCUCCUUACAUCCUCUUAAAAAAUGCCAAAAAUGUCUUCUCUCAGCUUGUCACUCAAACUGGAGCAGAAGAAGCCAGAAAGCUGUAUGAAGUAGCACGAGAAGCUUACUAUGAAAAACAAACCCUCAAAGAAGACAAUGAACCUGAGGAGGCAGAAGAUACACAGGAUGGCUUUGAAAGUUUAUUUGAGGCAAAUGAUGCAGACGAAGUAGUUAUCAAUGUUAUAAAACCUGCAGAGGCUGGUAAUAACGAGAAAGAUGGCAAGGAAGAAACUCCAUUGACUGAAGAUGUCAAUACUGAGGGGGAGAUUGUUGAUAAAGACAAUGAAAAACAAAGUCUUUUGAAUGAAGAUGACACCUCAAAGUCCAAAGAUGAAGCCUCAAAGUCCAAAGAUGAAACCUCAAAGUCCAAAGGUGAAGCUGCAACCAAAGAAAAGGAUGAAGAAAUUGCAGAUUUACCUGAUGUUGAGGUGGUGGAUCCAGCAGAUGGUGGUGAAGAUGAGAAACUCUUGAAGCCAACAUCAGACUUGUAGUUUACUCUUUUAUGAAUAUAGUAUUACAGAAUUAUGAGUAUUAUAUUAUAUAAGAAAACUAGUGUUUUUAUUUCAGUAUUGUAUACACAUACAAUCAUGUCAUAAUUUUUUUAAUGCCAGAUAUUAGGGUAUAUUUUUUAAUGUGUAUAUUAAUAGGACUCAUUUAAUUUUUUUAGCUCUUUUCUAGAGUUAGAGGAUAACACAUGCAUCUUCCAUUCAUUUGAUAUUUUCCAUACUUUCUAGAUCACAGUGGUGUAAUUGUCAGUCUGUCUGUCCAUGGACUGUAGCGUUUGCUUCAUGCCUUUCAGACUACUUCCAAAACUUAAUGACCAUAUACUAGAAACUAUCUUUGAGUUGAAAGCACAUAAUAAUUUGCAUCACAAUUUAUAAGUCUCCUUGAAUUCUGAAUGAAUUAUUGAAAGCCUAAUUAGUACCAGAGGUGAUUGACAGAUUAAUUAUUUUAUAUAAUAUGAUCAUAAGUAAAUGUUUUAAAUAAUUAUAAAAUAGGAAUAAUA